UUAGGUUAUAACAAGUGUUUAUACACUCUUUGGUCUCUCUUUAAUCUGUGGUAAUUAUUCGUGUAUCUCAUAAAUAAUUUAACAAAAUAUUUACUUGAAACAUCUUGUUUUACAUGAAAAUAUAUUUUGUUAUAUAGGCGCUGUCAUAUUUUGACACUAAAGUAAAAACGAGUGAUUCUAAAUCCUAGAGUGAACCUCUACGUAUUAUUUUGCUGUACAUAUUCCUUGUCCAUUACGGUGUAUUUUAUUUCUCACCGUCAUUAUAAUAAUGAAGGUAAUACCGAACACUUUUUUUAAUAGAUGAUAAGGAAAUGUUAGCUCCACCUGCGCUAACAGUAUACGCUAGCGGAGCACCAGAGAAGUUGAAACAUGACUACCGGCAAAUCACAAGGUGAGAAUUUACAUAUCUCCCACAACACCGACCAGCAGGUGGCUCCACAAUAUAAAGAGCGUCCAGACUGCAGCACAGUGAUGAGAACUACACAGGAACAAUUGAUUAAACAAGAUAACAUUCAGCAUGACGUAGACGAAGCGGGAGUUGUAAAGACAGAGUAUGUUGAUGUCACAGAGGAAUUGGACGGUGAUCAUAUAAUAUUCCAUGACCAGGAGAAUGAUCUCCUAGAGCUGUAUGAGGGUCAUGAAGUAAAGAAUGAGUUGGUUAUAGGACCUACAGUUUUACAAAUAGGGACCGUCUUUGGAACUACUAAACAUUUAGAACCUGAUUCUGAACAAGUUCUGAAUAAUGAGGAUGAGGAGCAUGAUAUCUAUAAAUUUGAGCAUCAGGAAGUGUCUGAUAGAGUUUAUUCAUGUGAUAUUUGCAGUAAGACAUUUAAGUCCUACAAUACACUAGAAUGCCAUAUGUCUGUCCAUACUGAACAGGAACUAUAUUCAUCUAAACAUUGUAAUAAGCCUUUUACCCAGGUAUCACACUUGAAACAUGACUUGUUAAUACAUGCUAGUGAAAAGCCAUACACUUGUGAUAUGUGUAAAAAAUUUUUUAAAUUAAGAAGACAUUUCAAAAAGCAUAUAUUGAUACAUGCUGAAGAUAAACCAUAUAGUUGUGAUGUAUGUAAUAAAUAUUUUAGCACAAAAUCACAUUUAAACCAACAUUUGUUGAUACAUACUGGUGACAAGCCAUAUAUUUGUGAUGUAUGUAAUAAAUGUUUUAGCAAAAAAUCAUAUUUAAAGACACAUCUGUUGUUACAUACUGCUAUUAAGCUAUAUAGUUGUGAUGUAUGUAAUAAAAGUUUUAGCCAAAAAUCAUAUUUAAAGACACAUCUGUUGAUACAUACUGGUGAAAAGCCAUACAGUUGUGAUGUAUGCAAUAAAUGUUUUACCCGAAAAAUAAAUUUAAACCAACAUCUGUUGAUACAUACUGGUGAAAAGCCAUAUAUUUGUGAUGUAUGUAAUAAAUGUUUUAGCAAAAAAUCAUAUUUAAAGACACAUCUGUUGUUACAUACUGGUAUUAAGCUAUAUAGUUGUGAUGUAUGUAAUAAAUGUUUUAGCCAAAAAUCUAAUUUAAAGACACAUCUGUUGAUACAUACUGGUGAAAAGCCAUACAGUUGUGAUGUAUGCAGUAAAUGUUUUGCCCGAAAAACAAAUUUAAACCAACAUCUGUUGAUACAUAUUGGUGAUAAACCAUAUAGUUGUGAUGUAUGUAAUAAAUGUUUUAACCAAAGAUCAACUUUAACACAGCAUCUGUUGAUACAUACUGGUGAAAAGCCAUAUAGCUGUGAUGUAUGUAGUAAAUGUUUUAGAAUAUACUCAGAUUUAAAAAAGCAUUUAUUUAUACAUACUGGUGAAAAGCCAUACAGUUGUGAUGUAUGCAAUAAAUGUUUUACCCGAAAAACAAAUUUAAACCAACAUCUGUUGAUACAUGUUGAUAAUAAACCACAUUGUGCGAUGCCGUUGCCCCCGAGAGUCUGAAGGCGCGUCAGCACCAGGGAGCUCUGGUACGCCCAGACGUCGACGUAAAUAAAUAAUAAAACAAUUUCGUAUUAAUUUUUCUUUUUAUUAAAA